AUGGGUUAUCGAACGUUGUGGAAGACACUGUCUCCGACGCAGCUCAAUGUUGCCAUCCAGGUCUUCUCGUUGAUUUCGAUCUUCUUCGAAGGUUAUGACCAAGGAGUUAUGGGAGGAGUCAACUCAUCCCCUCGCUAUGUCGAAACAAUGGGCAUUGGCCUCCCAGAUGGCACGGUGACUGAUACCACGCAUGAAGGCGGCAUCGUCAGUGUGUACUAUCUUGGAGCCAUCUUUGGCUGUUUCGCAGGCGGCUGGCUGGCAGAUCGCAUCGGCCGUAUAAAUGGGCUGUUCAUAGGAUCUCUCUUUGCUCUUGUCGGUGGUGCCCUGCAGUGUGCCUCGCAAAGUUCCAACUUCAUCUUGGUGGCAAGAGUCGUCACUGGUACGGGCACUGGAGCCCUAACUGGCAUCACACCGGUUCUGGUAUCUGAGACAUCGUCGGCUGCUCACCGUGGUGGAUUCCUAGGAUAUGUCUUCAUAGCGAACUACCUAGGCAUAUCCAUCGCUUACUGGCUGUCGUUUGGCCUUGCUUUCAUCAACAACGGGUACUCGGUCGUACGUUGGCGGUUUUUGCUUGGCUUCCAAUGCAUUCCUGCAUUAUUUCUUGUCGUCUUCAUCAAAAUGCUGCCUGACAGCCCUCGGUAUCUGGCAUCUAUUGGCCGCAAAGAAGAAGCACGUGAGAUACUUCUCCAAGUCCGCCAUGGUCACGCUUCACAAGAAGCUAUUGAUCGUGAAUACCUCGAGAUUGUGGCUACAGCCGAAGAGAGCAAACCAUCCUCUCCAAUACAAUUCGCGAAAAUCUUGAUGGGCAAGGGAGGUCGACCUGGGUCAAACCUCGGUCGUCGUGCUUGGUUAUGUGUCUGGCUUCAGAUCAUGGGUUCCUGGACCGGUAUCACCGCUGUCACUGCAUAUUCUCCCACGUUGCUCAAGUCAGCAGGUUAUUCGGAGUUGACACAAAACGGCUUGGCCGGUGGAAUUAAUACCAUCGGUAUUAUUGGAACUAUCAUCAGCGCGCAUAUCGUUGAUCGUCUAGGACGGCGAACGUGUCUAAUGGGGGGCGCAGGCGCACUGGCCGCAGUAAAUUUGUUGGCCGGGGCUUUGUAUGAAGGUGCCCGUCAGCAUCCCGAUAAAGCUAGUAAAUUUGCACCGGCCGCAGUAUGCAUGUUAUUCCUGUUCAACCUCGCGUACGCAGCUACCUGGGGCACCGUCGCCUUUCUGAUACCCACCGAAAUUUUCCCUUCCGACCUUCGAGCACAAGGUAAUGGAUUCGGUAUCACUGGCUGGGCUAUUGGAGUGGGAAUGACAACUUUGGUUAACCCGAUCAUGUUUGCAACUCUGCAAAACCGGACUUAUUUCCUUUUCUUUGGCCUGAACCUAAUAUGGAUUCCCAUCGUUUAUCUGUUGUACCCCGAAACUUCGAAUAGAUCUCUGGAGUCUAUAGAGGCGCUCUUCGCGACGAGCAGCCCAUUUUCUUGGGAAAUGGAGAAAGCGUACAACAUGCAUGGCAACGUCCUUGCCGAACGAGGUUAUGAAAAGGACGACGCUUCCACAAUGGAACAUAGCGAAAGGCUGCCUCAUGAUGUGUGA